AUGUCUGAAUCUGUGCAUACAAACGGAAACAUGCGCCCAGCGGACCCUGCAUCCAGCGAGGAAAUCGACGUCGUAAUCAUUGGCGCCGGCCUUGCCGGUCUAACAGCAGCUCGCGAUGUCCUCAAAGCAGGUCUAUCAUGUAUCAUCCUAGAAGCCAGAGAUCGCGUCGGCGGUAAAACUUGGAGCCAAGAGUUUCCCGACGGCAAAGGAGUUGUUGAUCUAGGAGCUGCUUGGAUUAACGAUGUCAAUCAGACUCAGGUGUAUGCAUUGGCUAAGCAAUACAAUGCUGAGUUUAUCGAGCAAAACACUACUGGCAAAUGUGCUAUUCAAGAUGCCAAUGGUAGCAUUUCGAGUUUUGCAUAUGGUGAAUUGCCGCCAGUAAGUCUUGGCCUUUGUCUUGCUGGAGUAUACCAUGGGCUGAUUAAUACAGNNUUUGAUGCUGCGGCAAAGGAAGAUGUUGCACGUAUCCGCGACAUGUGCGAAGCAGAUUGUCAAAAGCUGGAUACAUUUAACCCUAGCGACAAAACUCUGGACUCGAUGAGUUUUGAAGCAUAUCUGCAAUCACGAGGAGCCAGUGAAACCAGCAUGUCUACAGCAACCGUCUGGACACGAGCGAUGCUUGGACAAGAACCCAAAGAUCUGUCGGCACUGUACUUUCUGAAUUACUGCAAGUCCGGAGGUGGACUUUUGCAGAUGCGGUCGGACCGUAAGGGUGGAGGCCAGCAUCUUCGUGUUCGUCAGGGGAUGCAAUUGUUCUCGAAAGGAUUGGCCGGUGAUAUGCCAGAUGGUGUGAUACGUUUAUCAAGCCCGGUGAUGGCUAUCAACAACAAUACAGGAAGCGGUGCUGUCGAGGUACACACUGGAAGCUCAGUCGUACGUGCUCGCAAGGUCAUCACUACCGUUCCAACACCAGUACUCAAGAACAUUUCCUUCUCGCCAGACUUACCCUCGAGCAAGCGAACAUGGAUCGAAUCGACAACCUACGGUUACUACACCAAAGCCAUGAUGGUUUUCCGCACUCCAUUCUGGCUCGAGAAAGGUUUCUGCGGCCUCACCCAAUCGUUCAUCGGUCCUGCAGGAGUGAUACGCGACACCAGUUCUCCAGCAGAUAACAAGCACAUCUUCACUUGCUUCUUAGGCGGCUCCCCUGGCUUCGCUUGGUCAGCACUGUCAGAAACAGACCGCGAACAGAGUCUCCUAAAGCAAAUUGGCCAACUCUUCAAAGCUGAAGACAUUGCUCAAAAGGAGUUUAUCCAACUGGUUACUUAUGAAUGGAUCAAGGAUGAAUAUUCUGGGUGGGGAUGUCCUUGCACUGGGUUGCCUCCUGGUGUGCUUUCUUCGCUGGGAGGUGGGAGCUUGAGGGAGCCGUGGAAUAGUUUACAUUUUGCAGGUACAGAGACUGCUGGAGAGUGGAAGGGGUAUAUGGAAGGUGCUGUGCGGAGUGGCGAGCGUGCGGCGGCGGAGGUGAUCAAAGACCUUCGAGCAUAA